CAACUGUUUAAUUCAGAUCUUAACAAAUCCCUCAACACUAAAAAAAAAAACAAAUCUCAUUUCAUCACUUUGUCGUCAUCAUCUCUAAAAACCUCACUUAUAAAUAUUGAUCAGCUCAAAAUCCCUAAUUAAUCACAUCUCGAAGAAAUUAGUUUUUUUUUUUUUUUCGAGAUUAAUAUGAAGAAUCUUCUUUUCGCCGCGAUCGCAUUGCUAAUUCCGGCGGCGGCGCUCGCCGCCUGCACGUGCGAGGCAGAGGAGGAGGAUCGCGACAAAGCCCUAGCGCUGACGUACAAGGCGGCGGCGCUAGUGUCGAUUCUAGUGGCGGGCGCCGCCGGCGUGUGCCUCCCGGUGGCGGCACGGCGGUGGCCGGCGCUGUCCCCGGAGAGCGGCCUCUUCUUCGCGGUGAAGGCGUUCGCCGCCGGCGUGAUCCUGUCGACGGGGUUCAUACACGUGCUGCCCGACGCAUUCGACAGCCUGACGUCGCCAUGCAUCCCCGAGCGCCCGUGGGGGGAUUUUCCGUUCACCGGGUUCGUCGCGAUGGUGGCCGCGAUCGGGACUCUCAUGGUGGAUAGUUACGCGACGUCGUAUUAUAGGCGGCGGGCGAAUGUGCAUGCGCCCGCGAAGGACUGCGGCGGUGGGGAUGAGGAGAUGUUGGUUGUUCACGCUCAUGCGAUGCACGAUCAUGCACACGGGUUGGUGCCGUCGUCGGAUGAGUCGGAUUCCGACGACGCCGAGCUUCUUCGCCACCGUGUCAUCUCACAGGUGUUGGAAUUGGGAAUUAUUGUACAUUCUGUGAUAAUUGGAAUAGCAUUAGGGGCUUCGCAAAGUCCAAAAACAAUAAAACCUUUGAUUGCUGCACUCUCUUUUCAUCAAUUUUUCGAAGGCAUUGGUCUUGGAGGAUGCAUAACUCAGGCAAAAUUUAAUGUACGUGUUGUGGCGACGAUGGCGAUUUUCUUCUCCCUCACGACGCCAGUAGGUAUCGCUGUAGGUAUUGGAAUAACUAAUAUCUACAGCGAGACGAGCACGACGGCCCUUAUCGUCGAAGGCGUCUUCAAUUCGGCGUCGGCCGGCAUCUUGAUAUAUAUGGCAUUGGUUGAUCUUCUCUCCGCCGAUUUCAUGAGCCCUAGACUUCAAAAUAAUGGAAAGCUUCAACUAGGGGCAAAUUUGUCACUUCUCAUUGGGGCAGGGUGUAUGUCCCUUUUGGCCAAAUGGGCUUAAAUUUCGAAUCGUUUGUCAUCUUCAUUUUUUAAUUUUUGGCAUUUUAUGUGAGUUUGUUAGAUAGUUAUAGUAUCCAUUUGUGUAAAGUAAAAAAAAAAAACAUUAUUCAAGGUUUUAAUUAUCUAUCACAUA